AUGGAAGAAAUGACAAACGGUGCAGCGGCUAGCAAGCAUACGCAAUUCUUAGAUCUCACAAAUGGUGCCGGAGGAGAAACCUCGCAGGACGAUGAUUCGAUGUCUAGUCCUCAACAGAGACCCAUAGCAACACCGACAAAGAGUGGUGGUGGAAGCGCUGGACGGCUAAAGCUUGAUCCAAACACUCCAGGAAGAGUUGUAGAAACUGGGCAAGAGCACACAGGAAGAUGGACCAAGCUAGAGCACGAAGCGUUUCUGAGUGCCUUGCAAAUGUAUGGCAAGGAAUGGAAGAAAGUUGCGGCAAAAGUAAAGACGAGAACCGUAGUGCAGACAAGGACUCACGCACAAAAAUAUUUUCAGAAGCUUGCCAAGGUUGUAGAAUCAGGGAAAGGGGACCAUGUCAGUCACGUUGAUAUGGGGAUUGCGGCAGAAUCCAGCAGAAAGAUAACCCCCAAGCAACCCAAGAAGCCCCGACUAAAUGCAAGUGCUACAAAGGUACAAAGACAAGGCAGUGUUACAUCCGCAGCUCAAGUUAUUUCAAAUUUAUCUGGAGCAGAUGGUCCGCCUGCUUUCCAGUUGCCGGCAAGUUCCCUACCUCCAGCAGCAUUUGCCAAUCCAAAGCCUACCUCGGCAAUGAAUGGACUAGCGCAACCUGCUCCAAUAUCCUCGCACGGAUACAACAGUUUUAAUGCCCCUACUGUUGGUGUAAAGGAACCUAUUUCAGAUGGUAUGAAUUAUGGGGCGCCCAAACCUGCUUCUAGCUCAUUUGCAAUCAAGAUUACAGCACCGGAACAUGACGUUGCAAUGAAACGUGGGCGAUUUCCAGAGCCAUCUCCAGCAGCUUCCGGGAAGCGGAAACUUGCUGAAAUUGCGGCUGCUAGAAUGUUAGCUGGUGUUGCAGCAGUUCAGGGCAAGCCAAUGCUGGCACCAAUGAGCGAAGAUGGAGCUGCUACUCCACCGCCAACGGAUGACACCAAAAUGCAGGUACCUGCACCCGUGUCGGUCAACAACGCGGAUACAGAACAACAAAGAAAGCCGACCGGUUUGUCCUUGCAGAUUGUGAAUCCCGACUCCUUGGGUGUUUCAUAUGAUGAACAGAAACGUCGAAGAGGAGGCGAUUCUCCACAGACGCCAUGGGAGGGAGAUCUGAAGGCCUUGAUGAGUGAGGAGAAAAAGAAGGCCCCAAUAGGUGUACCUGAGUCUUUGCAGAUGCCACAAGCUCCUACAAUGGGUAUAUUUGCAGCAAGCAACAGCCUUCAUCCAAUAUGUGGUCCGAGUGGUGCAUAUGGUCGUAGCCCUCUUCACAAAGCUGUUUGUGAGAUGGAUCUUGCGGUUGUCCAAAGCGAAUUGACUUCUAGAACCAAGGAUUUUCAGAAGCAAGAUGAAAAAGGAUUUUGUCCCAUGCAUUCAGCUUGUGCUCUCUGUAUGACUGAUCUUCAGAAUUCAUCGAUAGCAACCGACCUUGUUCGCGCUUUGAUUGCCGCUGGUGCUGAUUCUUCUGUUUGCGACGAAGAAGGUAAUUCUCCCCUUCACUGGGCCGCCAGAGCGGGUGAUGUAGGUACUGCAGAACUUUUGCUACUUAAAAACUGUCCCAAAGAUGCGACGAAUAAAAAGGGCGAAACUGCACUUCAUUGGGCAAUGAGAGCAGGACGAGUUGGAAUGCCCGUGGUGUCGAUAUUGUUGGAAAAUGGCGCCAAACCAUCGGUUUGGAAUAAAGAAUUCAAAAGACCACUUGAUAUAGCGGCUGAUGGUUUUUUCGACCAAGGUGACAACUCAGUUAUUGAAUUGAAGAAAAUCGCGGAAGCCCGAAAAAGGUUGAGUAAAGAACAGAGACAUGUACUAAAGGAAGCUGCCGACGAAAGGAAACGAGCGCGAGAGCAUCUUCUGCGUUUGUCAGUGCAGUCCAGAACCCUUGUCUUAAACCAUCCGGAAUGCUUAGAACAUCAUCCAAAGUCGUCGAGUGAUUGGGAAGCCCCAGGACGUGUCAUAAGUAUCAUGGAAAAGAUUCUUGGGACAGACCCAAAAAUGCAAGCGAUACACACACACGAGAUCACAGUCUCGCAAGAUUUCGAUCGUGCAAGCCUCGAUUUGCUGAGACGGAUACACAGUGCGGAUUACUUGAGUUUUGUAAACGAUCUCAGUAAGGAGCUGGAGAAAAAGCACAAAGAGGAGAACGAAGCCGACGCUUCGAGGAGUGCACCUACAGUUGUUCCCUUUACUCCUAUGGUUCAAAGAUCAAUUGUCAAGGUUUCUGAAUCCAAUGUGAAACAGCAUUCCGACACAUCCUUUAGUGUUGGGUCACUUCGUGCUGCUCGGCGAGCUGCGGGUGCUGUCCAACAUGCAGUUGAUUGUGUUCUGGUCGGGAGAACUCGAAAUGCGUUUUGCGUUGUUCGUCCUCCAGGCCAUCAUGCCGGUAUUAAUGGGCUCCUUGAUGGUGGCGAGUCGUGUGGAUUCUGUAUUUUCAAUAGCGUUGCUGCUGGGGCAAUGCAUGCGAUAUCCGACGAAAGGCUGCUUUGUGAACGUUGUGCAAUUGUUGAUAUAGAUACUCACCAUGGCAAUGGAACUGAAGAAAUUGUGCGCAAAUAUCAUGACCCGAGCAAACUCUUCUUUUUCUCAAUCCACUUGUAUGACAAUGAUGAAAAGAAGAGAAAACGAGAAUCCAAGUCUUUUCAAUACAAGUUCUACCCCGGAACAGGUGAGGAAGAUGAUAUUGCCCUAAACAUCAUUAACGUGCCAAUCACGCCUUUAUGGAAAGAAAAGCAGGCGAAUGCAUCGGUUUCCCAUAGCACGAGAACCAGAACUAGGACCAAACGAUAUUCUGAUGAUGGAGACUCGUCUGAGAAUGGAACACCAAGAGCCAACGAUGCUGUUCCAAAAGCCAGUGAUGGGGAAACAGAGACCAGAGGAUCGGGCUCCGUUCCUUCAACACCAACAUCAGCUGGCCCGAGUACGAAUGCAGGGCGCCACGCCUACCGAAAAGCAAUCCAGAAUCGUUUGCUUCCAGCACUACGAGCAUUUAAUCCAGACAUCAUUCUGAUCAGUGCUGGUUUCGAUGCGUGUAAAGGUGAUGUUGGAAAUGCGAAGCACGAAUUUGGUGGAAAGGAAAAGAUGGGAAUGGAUCUUGAGCCAGAAGAUUAUGCCUGGACGACUCGCAAGAUCCUGGAGAUUGCCGACAUUUGCUGCCAGGGGCGUGUCGUCUCAGUGCUUGAAGGUGGGUAUGGUCGAUCACCUCCAGCCACUGCAGGUGUUCCUGCUGAUGGAUCGAACUCCCUGGACAAGUCUGCCUUCAGCGAAUGCGCUAUGCGACAUGUUCACGCAAUGAUAGAUCCUUAUGAUGUCGAGAAAAGAUUCAAGUCAUCCAAAAGCGAUCCUUAA